UGUAGUCCCAAAACAUAUGGAGGGCCGAGUUUGGGGAAUGCCUGGUUAAGACCCUGAAGAGGUUCUGCCAACAGUGCUGAGCUGCAUGGACCAAUGGUCUGAGUCAGAGCCUGCUUAGACCAUUAUUGUUAAGACAAGCCUAUUCAGACAAGCUGAUGUUCUUCAACCUUUUUUUACCCUUAUUUUUAAUUAUUUUAACAUUGUUCUAAUGGUCUAUUUCUUGUAAACCACCUAGUGGCUUUAUUGCAAUCAAGUCAUACAUAAAUUCUGUUAAAUAACUUUUUUUAAUAGAAAAAUAAGCAAGGCAGCUGCUUGUGUUUCUGUGGAACAGUAGGUGGCAGCCUGGUGUAGCUCACUUUAAUUUGAGACCAGUGUCUAAUCUAAUGCCACAGCUCAGUCCCGGCCCUUCCCUGUCUGCAAUAAAGCCAAUCCUCAGCAUUCCCCUCUCUGCCAACCUCCCCCUACCGAGUUCUGCAGUUGCCAGCUGGUAUGAACUGUCCUUCUCUUUCUCAUAAUGCCCCCUCCUUUAUUUUGUCCAUAUUAUUAAUUGCAAUGCGCCCUCACCCCAUGGGGGGGAUAAAGCACUUGGGGACAAUGUUGCAGUGAGGUUAAACCCAACCUACUUUAGAGUAAGUGACCUGACCCUUUCCCCUCCAAGAGCAUCUGAACGCUAUAAAAACCCUCCCUCCACACACUAAAAGCAUUUCAUUUCAUUUAGCCAGAAUUUAUUGGGGGGGGAUUUAUGUUAGAGGGGACAGAACCGAUCUUUAUUUAAGUGUUUUUAUUUAUUUACUUGAUGGGGGGCAGACGCCCCCCACUCCCCUGGCUAUGUCCAUGCCUCUGGCCAUGUGCAGAGUGCCUUUCCUUAGUUCUGGGCUACCAACUACCCCAUCCAACUGGGAAGCGGAAGUGGAACAGGGGAAGCUCUCCCUGGUAGUAGUCGGAGAAAAGGACAGAGCCAUUUCCUUCCUCCUGAAAGAAAUCUUUUUGGGAAGAGGAACAGGAAAAGUUGGGACCUGGCUGCCCACUAUGAAUUAGGUGAGGGGGCAUGAAAUCCUACCUCAGGCCAUACUCAACAUUUACAGUCCACACCAUACAUGGAAAGCGCCAACCCCAAAAUUUCGGGAAUGAUUUGGUAUUCUGGGCCUCUCUGUACUUCUGCUUAGUUUUAUUUGGCAUCUGUUCCUAUGUUUUCUCGCGUUUUAUUAUGAAUAAAUAGGGUGUGUGUGUGUGUGUGGUUUGUACUUAGCCCAGGGGCUCAGACAGCAGUGCCAGCCCCCAAAGGAGUCCCACUCCAGGGAUGGUUCUUGCCUUCAGGGUACAGAAGGCGAAAAGAGCCCGCCCUUGCUUGGCAUGAGUCCAGUCCCGUUCCCCCGAAAAAACCCUAUGCACUCCAAGCCCUCUGUGGGUUAACUGUGCACCGCAAAGCCCAAAGAAGCAGCCGCAACGGGCGCAAACACCCCCACCCCCGCCUCGCCCUUUCUGGCGUCACCGCCUGUGGAGGGGCGGGGCCGAUGGCAACAAGGACAGGUCACGCCCCCUUUCUCCCCUCCGCCAACCUGCCCCGCCCUAGUAGAGGAAGCAAUGCAAUCCAGCCACUCGUGGCUGAGUUUGUGAGCGCGCAGUUGGUCUUACUGAAGCUGAAGUUUGGAGGGAUCAAUCGGAGAGGAGGAAGCAGGAACCCAGGAUGGCGUUUGCAAGCUGGUGGUAUGCGACGCGUGGGCCUAAAAAUGCAAGUGGAUCAUCGGAAGAUAAAAAAGGAGCAGAAGCAGUGGAGAAGAAACCUGAAAGUGCUAGCCUUGCCGAAUCUCCUAAAACACAAACAAGUGGGACAUCUUCCAUCAGCUCAGUCUUCUUCCACGGUUUCCUCAAAGACACCCACUAUGAAGCCUUCUGAAACAAAGGCUUCUUCAAGCCAGCAGCAGGCCAGUGGAGUGGAAUCCCACAAAAGGAAACGAAACAAGAAGCAGGCAGCCCAAAAAGCCAAAGCAGAAGCUGAAAAAGCAGCCCAGUUAGCUAAGCCAGAUGAUUCUCAGUCUAAACGUUCACCAGAAGAGAAGCAAAAAGAGCCUGGAGGGGCAAAAAGCCAAAGCAAACCUUCUGUAGUGGAACCUAAGCAACCAAGUACUGGAAAAGUACCCUCUGGUCAGAUUGACAAGACAACAACACAGCUGACAUCCAAAGAAGAACCAAAGGCUAAACCUGAUGACAAGUCAUUGGCCACCAAGGCAGCUGUUGCAGCUGCUGGCACAGCUGGCGCAGUAGCAGCUGCAGGCUUGACUGCUGCAGCUGCAGAGACUAAAGAAGGCAAAUUGCCAGCCCCAGUCCCAGCUGCUGCAGAAAGUAAACCAGCUGAAAAGUCUGACAUAGAUGCUGCCUUAGAUGAUUUAAUUGAUACCCUUGGAGGCCCUGAAGAAAACGAGCCACCUACUCCUGAAUAUACUGGACCAACAGUUUCGGACCCAAUGUCUUCCUUAUAUAUAGAAGAGCUGGGUAAACGGGAGAGCACAAUUCCUCCAGAGUACAGAAAACUUCUAGAGGGUAAAGGAGAUGGCAAAGCAGUUCCCCUGCCAGUGGCGGUAGGAGAAUCUCUGCCAACAAUGACAGAUGAUGACCUUGCAGAUGCUCUGUCAUCUGAUUUUACUUGCAGUGCUGUAACAUCUGCUGGAGAGAAGAAAGACAUGCCAAAAGAGAAGCCUGCAGAAGAAGGUGAACUCCUACAAGCACAGUCUGCAAGUUUGAUCAGCAGUUCAGCUCCUCCUAAAGAAAAGAAAGCCAGAAUGGAAGAGGCAGCCCUUAGUGACAGUGCCUUGGAUGCUCUUGUGGAUACGCUUGGCAUGCCAGAGCCGGAGCCGGAAGUAGACCUUAGCUCCAUUGUGGAAGUGGAAGAGCCAAAGGCCAAAGAAAGGAAGGAGAAGAAACCCGGUGAACGCGAUGAUACAAUCCCUCCAGAGUACAGAUUAAAACCAGCCUUGGAUAAAGAUGGGAAGCCCUUGUUGCCACAGCCUGAAGAAAAACCAAAGCCUCUUAGUGAUUCUGACCUAGCUGAUGAAUUUUCAAAAGAUUUCGCCUGUCCCACUCCUCCCGCAGAAAUAUCCAAACCAUCUACACCUGCCGAUGUGCCUAAGAAGCCAAAAGCUGCUGAACCCCCCAAAACUCCCAAAGAAAAUGUGGCCACAUCACCUGCAGUUCCUCCAGUGCAACCUUCAGCUCCAUCAGGAGUUUCUACAAAGCCCUCAGCAGCUGAAUCCAAAAAGAGUUCUACAGAAGAAGUGGUGUCUGCUGCUGCUGCUCCUUCUGUGGCAUCUUCAGCUCCCUCAGUAACUUCUCCAACUUCACAGGUACCUGAUGAAGCCCUGGAAGCCUUAUCCGGAAGUCUAGGAAAAGUGGAGCCUCACCCAGAAGAAAAGAAGCCUGCUGUGGAUAAAGUGAAGGAAAAAGCAAAACAAGAGGAACGUGAGAAACUUGGAGAAGAUGAAGAAACCAUUCCUCCUGAUUAUAGAUUAACUGAAGCAAAGGAUAAAGAUGGGAAGCCACUUUUACCAAAACCUCAAGAAAAACCUAAGCCCUUGAGUGAAAGUGAACUUGUUGAUGCUUUGUCAGAAGGGUUUUCUUGUUCUUCAGCACCAACGUCGAAGGCUGCCCCAGCAGCUCUACCUCAAAAACCUACAGGUGCUGGCAAACCUGCUGUUGCACCUACUGAAGAAGUUAUCUCUUCUGCUUCUGCUUCUGCAGUCCAUUUAUCAGCUCCUCCACCAGCAGCAGCUACCCCAGGUAGGAAAGAACUCGACGAUGCUGCAGAUCUUCUUGCAGAUUCAUUGGGGCAAAGAGAACCUGACCCGGAUGAAAACAAACCACUUGUUGAUAAAAUAAAGGAAAAGGCUAAAUCUGAGCAUAGAGACAAACUUGGAGAGAAAGAUGAUACAAUCCCUCCUGAUUAUAGGCAUAUUCUUGACUCGGAUGAGAAGGGGAAGCCAACAGGCAAGGAUGCUGAGAAACCCAAAGAACAAAAGAAGCCAGCUGAUGACUCGGCAGCUAUUGAUGCCCUUUCAGGGGACUUUGAUCAUUGUGGGAAACCUCCUGUUUCUCAGCCUUCAACAAAGGAUGAAAAAACAAAAGAUGCUGCCACAUCAAAACCAGGUAGAAAAGAUGAAAAGAAAUCCAAAUCAAGAAAGGCAAAGGAGCAGUCUUCCAGCGCAAAGUCUGAGAAACAGAAAAAGAGUUAAAUGUUACCAGGCUUUUCAUCGCUGAUGCAAAAAAAGUCUUCGUUUUGCUGGUGGAUAGCUGCACUUGAACAAAACAAAAAAAGGAAGCUAUUUUGCAGAAGCAAGAUAGUCUCCUGGGUGGUUUUUGUAUCAUGGUAUUUGGAUAUAAUGGCAUGGGAGGCAUGCAUCUUACUAUUUUCAAGGACGACCUUUUUCAUUUAUUUUACUGUCUCUUAUUUUGUAAUUUUCUUCAGUUAUGAGAGGGAAAGGAUGCUUUAUAUUUGUAAUAAAAGUAUUUCUAUGGAUUUAAUAGCAAUGCAAAAAGAAAAAAGUCUGCAAAUUUUGCACAUAAUCUACACAUAGUGCCUGCAAAUCUCAGCAGAGUUCAGAAAGGCUGUGGUUUGGUUUUUGGUUUUUUAGUAUAAUGAAUGCUCUAAAUAUUCUGGAAUAUAAUGCAUUUUGGCUAUCAUCUGCCUGCGGGUAUUCAUUUUGAAGAAUAGUUAGUGAGAUGUGAGUACUCAGUUGCUAAGAUUUAAACGUGGGAGAAGAAUAGAAGCGAUUGUUUCUCAAUCCUUGACUUCUAAUAACAUAGUAUUCAAUAUGAACAGUGCCGCUAGUAUUUUCAUUUGAAACCUUGAGUUCUGUUUGUCACCGCCUUUGUAUAAUUCUGCUGCCUCUGUCAGUGGCUUGCAGAAAGGGAGUAAUAUUGCAUCUGAAUUGCUAUUGGAUAGGGGUACUCCAGAAAGGAUGCACAUAGGACUCCAAUAUGUUCCUAUAAGUUACACUGGUAUAGCUCCCCCACCCCCACGAAUCCAGAUUACACAGCUUGUUUCUGAUGUAUAAAUUCACAUCACAGCUGAAUACAGAGGUGCUUUGUGAACUAAUUUGGAUGCAAUGCUUGCUCAACUUCCAUGUUUUAUUCCCCCUCCCCUUUGGUAUUCCUUGCAGUGAGAGAAAAGCUAUGGCUCCAACAGCAGAUUCUGAUAUGCUUUGCAUUAUGAGUAGCAAUUUUUUCUAUUGACUUUUGGAGUAAGGUGCUACUCCUGGUUUGGGUCAAGUCUGCUUCCAGGUAGCGAGAUCUCUAGACUACCAUGGUCAAAUAUAUAGGCCGCAGCCUGCGAGGAAUAUCAUCUGUGCAAGCCCCUUUGAACUGCAUGGGAGUUACACAGGAGCAUGGCCACUUUCUGCCAUCGCUCUUACUUACUUCAAAAGGAGCAAGUGCAGGAGAUGUUCCUCUGGGGACAUCAGAAUUUUGACUGUCCUUGACAAUCUGUAAUGUUAAUACCAGACUGUUUUUUGAAAGUCUGUAUUAAGAUUGCCUGUCACACUAAUAAAGUUUUAGAAUGUA